AUGAGCCGGAUCUCCAUUAAGGAAGCACAGCUUGUGAAGAAAAUUAAGGAUGUGGUGGCAUGUCUACAGAAAGAGAGCCAUUCUGUCCAGGUCAAGAAAACUGAGGACUGUUUUACAGUGUUGACCUCGGUGAAUACUCACACGUUAAAUGAACAUUUACUGGACUAUUCUGAAAGCAUUGUGAUAGAGAAAUGGACCGCUGAAGAAAAGCCAACUGUGACUUUGGAAUUUGUGACACGGCAGUUCUUACAGGCGAAAACGCUGCUCUCCGCUGCACAGAUUGCUGACCUUUGUUCCCAGCUCCCGAAAAAAUGGUCUGUCUACGCCCCAAUGGUGCUUUUCGGAACAGGAAGCUAUGAUCUGAAAAAUUGGCAGGCUCUUUUUGCUCAGGUGGACUCUCUGGCCUAUUUUGAAGCCAUUGCACCUCUAUUCCAAGGCCAAAUCACUCAUUUUGCUAUCAACCGGCCAAUAGUAGAGGAGGACAUAAUGAGACGUCCAUUCAAUCUAAUCCCCUUGUAUGGCGAUUUUGGACCCAAGCCGUGCCACCAAAGUUAUAGCUCUCCCACUCAAAACGACCUUGAGCAGGGCUUCUGGUGCCACACCAUACAGAACAGAAUCUACCAAACAUGGGCUCCUAGAUAUACAAUGUUCAGCCGGGGAAACAUCCGUGAAAAGAAAAGACUUUUGCAGGAGUACCCGGAUUUGCAGUCUACUAUGGUGGUCGAUCUAUACGCUGGCAUAGGUUACUUCACACUCUCAUACCUAGCCAACGGAGCCACUCUCUUCUGUUGGGAAAUAAACAGAUGGUCUAUAGAAGGCCUUGUGCGUGGUUUGUCCAAGAAUAAGCACAAAUACCGCUUGAUCAGCAGAAGCGAAUCAAUUUCGGAGGAUAUGAUCCUUCAAGAUAUGAAGAAUGGGGUACGUGCAUUUGUAUUCUUCGAAAGUAACGAAUAUGCGUUUGAGAGAUUAGAGUGUCUUUCCAGAAUCCCGUUGUCACACAUCAAUCUAGGGCUUCUACCCACACUGAAGCCCUCAUGGCCUAUUGCCAGACGCCUAGCCCAAAAAAGUGCGUGCAAUACAAAAGUUCAUGUUCAUGAAAACAUACACGUUCAGGAGUUUGAUGCCCUCACCAAUGAGGUUUCCGCCUAUUUCGACGGAUCGUCUCAUUUGGAGAAAGUCAAGACUUUUGCGCCAGACGUGUGGCAUGUGGUAGUUGAUGUGGAAACUACAUGCGGAAACAAUUGA